AAUGACUUCGUUCCAUGAGGUUGAGCUUAAAGUCCGUGACUACGAACUGGAUCAGUAUGGAGUUGUUAAUAAUGCUGUUUAUGCAAGUUGUCAACACGGUUGCCAUGAACUACUUGGAAGUAUUGGUAUUAGCUGUGAUGAAGUUGCCCAUACUGGUGAUUCAUUAGCACUAUCAGAGUUGUCGCUCAAAUUUCUUAGACCUUUAAGGAGUGGAGACAAAUUUGUUGUUAAGGCGAGAAUUUCCAACUCCUCAGGGGCUCGCCUGUACUUUGAGUAUUUCAUCUUUAAGAUGGCAAAUGAAGAGCCUAUUCUGAAGGCAAAGGCCACAGUUGUAUGGCUUGACAAAAAUUAUCGUCCUGCUCGUAUUCAUCCAGAAUUCAGAUCAAAAUUUGUUCAAUUCCUUCGUUGUAAGGAACCUAAUUGA